AUGGUUUUCUCUUGCUGUAGCGGCCGAGAUGAUGUUAUUAUUCAGAAAAGAACAGCGCAGUUACAAUAUCUUGCUGAGUUAGGUCUUCAUCGGAACAACCCACCACAGCUUUUGCGCGAGGAGACGGCGGUACCGGUCACUUUAAAUAUUUACAGCCUUACGGAGAAGAACGCCCACUUCGAGCCUCUUGGAUUAGGGAUAUUUCAUUGUGGUGUGGUGAUAUAUGGAAUAGAAUGGAGCUACGGCGAGGUUCCUGACAACCCAAACGCGUCGGGGUUGUUUUGCAUUCGCCCUGGAAAGGCGAUCGGGAUGCUUUUCAAGACCCUCACCCUUGGCUAUACGACGAAGUCACCGAUGCAAGUUGACACUAUUCUGCACCGGUUAGAAAAUGAGUGGCGGAGCUCUGAUUAUCAUAUUCUACAUCACAAUUGCAAUCAUUUCGCGCAAAGACUUUGUGAUCUGUUAUCCACCUCAGAGAAGCUUAAGAUUCCGACGUGGUGUAAUCGCGUGGCAAGCAUCAGCGAUAAGGUGGUCCCUAAAAUACUCGCUACCAAAAUACAACGAAUGUUCCACGAGGAACCACUAAGAGUUCCGAAGUCCCUCAAAAAAGGCUGCAUAAGCGGCAUUCCAACUUCCGUUAUUCCUCAAGGGUGGUAUCUUCACCCGUCCAUCAAGCAACUACCUCGAUACACUUGCCAAAGCUCCUUAAAAACCCCUAUGGGCCCCAUCGAGGCCGUUGAAACACGAACCUCGUCGGUCAGCGGGUCGCUAAACUCUCGAAAGAUGGAGCGCCAAUUGUCGACAAAUGCAGAAGCGUUUAAUAACCAUCUUCCACGCAUGAGCAUCUCUACCAUCACGGAGGUGAUGGUUCGAAUGGAUUCCUCGCCCUUGGAGUCGAGGUUGGUUUCCCAGGAAGACAACAGCCGGAAGGACACGAGCUGUCCAACGGUGCCGGUUUCCGCCUCCCCCGUACCCGCGAUCCCGCCGCCCGAACUUCACGGAAACCGCUUUUCCCAAGGCGAGGAAGCGAACGAAAGAGAGGUGAUGGAACUUCCCAAGGUGCUACGAUUAAGCGCCCUUGAGGAGUCGUCAUCCUGUGCGUCCUCCAGCAACGUGUCGUUUAUGGAUGAACCAAAUGGUCUGCACUUGUUCGUUAGUCGGUGCAUGAGCAGCACGUUGGAUGCCCCGGUGAUCUCCGAGGAGGCCUCCGCCGGGUUAUGGGGCUCGGCGUCGAAUAAGAAGAAGAGCGGCGACGCCCGUCAGGCGGAAUCGAGGACUUUUUCCGCUUUCUCCUCGGAGAUAAACCGGGAGGAGGUGGAAAGGAGUCCGAUCAUGCGGAAGGGAAGUCGGAACGAGGCGCGCUCGUCCACCGCGUCCUUCGCCGCUUUUCAGUUGCCGAUGCGCUUUGAACAGCCGAGGCCGGCAUCCGCGCCGGUGUCAUUCGGCUCCCACCGUCUGACGCUAAGAAGACUCUCGGAUAGCUCCGCCAUGCAUCUUAGACGUCCUCUCAUAAACUUUUUGAAGCGCGGAAAUACUGUUAAAGCUCAAGAUAUGGACAAGCUGGUGAACGUCCCGCCCCAAUCAAGCCUGCAAGGGGAAAAUACACAGCCACCUUGGGGGGCUAGGAUUAUCAUUUCUCCUGCGAUGGAUUCACCAGACGCAUCCCCGGAGGCGCGCCAAAGCUCCAGAAAGCCCCCUUCCUUUAGGGAAAUCUUCUUAUCGAAGCAUGGCUUCACCGGCGAUGCCGCCGUUUUCGACAUGCCGCUAGAUCUGGAGACGGGUGAGAUCUGCUUCGACGCGUAUUCGGAACCCUCUGCAUCGAUACGGAUGGGGUUCUUCUCUGGUGGAAGCGAGAGAAGUGUAUCAAGGGGAAUAGUUCGUGCUGGCAGCAUUUGA